AUGCCUCCACGAAGAUCACGUCAGGUGGCAACUCAAGCAUCCUCGCCAGUGCCAAUACAGUCACAACGACGGAGGCGAGAUGACACCCCCGAAGAUGAAGAUAUCGACAUGGAGGACGCUAUCAGAGAGGCGCAGGGCAGCGGCAGCGUUGAUCAGCUAGCAAAGGGACUGGUGCGCUAUGCCUUGUCGUGUGAGCAUUCACGGAAGCCAAUAAAGCGCGCCGACAUCAACGAGAAGGUCCUGGGCUCCUAUACUCGCCUGUUCAAGGACGUCUUUUCACAAGCGAACAGCCAGCUCAUGGACGUCUUUGGGAUGCAGUUCGUCGAGCUGCCGAAAGCGGACAAGGUCACGCUGCGACAGAAGCGCGCGGCCGCCGGCUCGGAAUCCCAAAGCAAGUCGACCGGCAUAUGGGUCCUCCAGACUACCCUACCCGAGCAGUACCGCAUACCAGACAUCAUCGGCCCCUCGCGACCAUUAGCAGCCGACUCGGAAGAGAUAAAUCGAGAAGACUCGUACGUCGGGCUGUACACAAUGGCUAUCGCCCUCAUCAUUGUAUCCGGCGGUAUAAUCCCAGAAGGCAAGCUAGACCGUGCUCUCAGGCGCAUGAACGCAGACCAGACGACGCCUGUUGGUACCAAAGACAAGACGCUUGCGAACAUGGUCAAAGACGGGUAUAUUGUCAAGAUCAAAGAGACACCGGGCGGGGGCGAGGAGACGAUCGACUACAUAGUCGGGCCUCGCGGCAAGGUCGAGGUUGGACGAGAGGGCGUCGCGCAGUUUAUACGGAUGAUGUUUGGGGAAAGUGAGGACGUGGAGGAGCUGGAGAAGAAGUUGCAGCGGACACUGCAGGUGGCGGACGCCCUCAGUGACAGUGCGCCGGUCGAGGCGACUCAAGGUGCAUCGCAGGCGGCAGGGCGCAAACGCGGGCGGCCGAGGAACGACGACGACGAGUAG